UGACAGCUAGUCAGAUAGACAAUUUAAAAUAAACCGACAAAGCCGCACCGCUGCUUUGGAAUGCACUAGUAUGUCAGUGGUAUUGUUAGCAUAAUUGGUCAGUCAAAUUAAAAAUUCGAACCAGUUCAAGAUGAAGAAAACUCCGCCAUUUUGGGUAACUUUCCUUCAAAUCCGCCAAUCUUCGACCAAAAACACAACUGGACUACACACUGUACAGCAACUGCCGUCUCGCAACCACCGGUCAAAGUAGGCACUGGCGGGCGCAAUUCAAAUUCCACACUUUGCAACUGUUUGUCGCAAAAGACGACGACGACGACGCGUCAAACCGGGCCAAAUUUGUGUUGAACGCUUUUAUUGAAGUGCCAAAUUCCAAAAAAGGAUGUCCACCAAAACCGGAACCAGCAACGAGCUGUCGCCAUUCGCGUCCAGUUCAUCGGUAUCGCGCGCCCUCAACAUACACGGCUAUCGGAUCGGUGCCAAAAUUGGGAAAGGAUCAUUCUCCUCCGUUCGGUUGGCUAAAUGGGUCAGCAAGAAUCAAAACGUGACAACUAUGGCGUGUAAAGUGAUCGACGUGCGCAAGGGAACCGAGGAGUUCGUCAAGAAGUUUUUUCCCCGGGAGCUCAGCGUGUUGAUGAAGGUUCGCCAUCAGCAUAUCGUCAAGAUUCACAGCAUUCUCAAGCGAGAGCGGAUGGUGUUUAUAUUCAUGGAUUACGCCGAGGGUGGAGAUCUGCUUAAGUUCAUCAAUAAGAACGGUGCGCUAAAUGAAACGCAGGCUAAGCUGUGGUUUUCGCAAAUGGUCAGUGCUGCUCGGUAUCUUCAUUCGAUCGACAUAGCCCAUCGGGAUCUGAAAUGUGAGAAUAUUCUGCUGUCGAAAAAGGGUGCCGUUCAGUUGGCAGACUUUGGAUUUGCGCGGGUGUGCGGCGAGCAGCAUGGAGCCUUUUCGGAGACAUACUGCGGAUCAGCUGCCUACGCUGCACCCGAGGUAAUACUUGGCAAACCAUACAAUCCGAUGGUGUCCGAUGUAUGGUCCCUGGGAGUCAUUCUGUUCGUGAUGUUGAAUGCUGCCAUGCCGUUCGACGAUCGGAAUGUGAAGAAGCUGGUUGAGGAUCAUCAGAACCGGAACUACAAGUUCGAAGAACCACUGCUGAAGCAGCUAAGUUCGGCUGCCAUCAGGACGAUUUACGAGCUAUUGAACCCGGAUCCGAACGAGCGGGUUAAACUGGACCAGUUGUUUGACUUCAAGUGGAUCGAUGAAAACUCAGCAAAGGAGAAAAGACGGAAACUGUCGGAGUUAUGUGUGAAAAGGAAGAUUGUUGCUGGCUCUGUCAAGACUACCACCGGCUGUCGAUGUUGAAUAUAUGAUUGCUUAAAUAUUUUGAUGUGAUAAGUAAA